AUGACAACAGCUGCAGAAGUCAUGGCCGACGAUGUCAAAGAGAAGACCUUGUCUUCCUUGUUGAAAGAAAAAGUCGCUUCGACAGCCAACAGUCCUCAAAAGGGAUCACCUCGCGAUGCCACGGAAUCUCCUCGCGAUGUCAAGGAAUCUCGAAAGGUAUCUGCUGGUACAUCUCGAAAGCGUGCCACAUCUUCCUCUUCAGCCUCGUUGACAAGCUCGACCAAGCGGCAAAAGAACAGUGUCGAUCGGUCUGCUACGAUAUCUCCCACUACGGUAUCGCCCACGGGAAUGAUCAUCCAGGAACUUUUGGAAAAAUCGAGCCAGUAA